AUGCUCUUGGUAAAGAACAAUUUUCAAACAAAUUGGAUAUCAUUUAAAAAACAGGAGGAAACGCCAAUUGAGCCGAAUGAUCACCCCAUUCAGUAUUCGUACACGUUCUCUUACUUUAUGCGUCCGACGGGAAAGUUUGACCCAGAGGACUACGCAAGUUACGUUCAACCGGUGGGGGUCAUGAAGUCGGUGGAGCAGUUCUGGAAAAUCAUGAUUUAUUUCAAACGUCCCACUGGUAACCGACAGCUUAAUUGAGACUAUGGCCCAAGGCUUUCAUUACAGAUAUGUGUGAUAAAGCCGACAUUCACUUCUUCAAAAGUGGAAUUAAACCAGUCUGGGAAGAUCCAGCGAAUUGCAAAGGUGGAAAAUGGAUCAUCCGUCUGAAAAAAGGACUUUCCGCUCGCAUUUGGGAAAACUUGUUGAUGGCAAUCGUUGGAGAGCAGUUCCUUGUUGGAGAUGAACUUUGCGGAGCAGUUUGUUCGAUUAGAAACCAAGAAGAUAUUAUUUCCGUUUGGAACAGGUUUGUUUCAUUUGAGAAAGUAAAAUAUUGCUGAGAUUUCCAGAAGCGCCGAUUCAACACCAGCCACCAACCGUAUCCGUGAUACGCUGCGACAAGUUCUGGAGCUUCCACAGAACACCGUACUCGAGUACAAACGACACGACGAUUGUCUGAGGGACCAGAGUUCCUACCGCCAUACUUCAAAGACCACUUACAAAAACAACUGA